CGGGCCUUGCCGCUCCCGGGAAGAUGUCGGUGUCCGAGGAGCCCCGGGUGAUGUCCGCGGCGGACGAGGCUGAGCCGCAGGAGGAGGAGGAGGGGGAGGAGGGGGAGGGGGGAGAAGGGAAGAGGAGAGAGAAGGAGGCGGCGGCGGCGGCUCCCGGGGCUCCCGGGGCAGCGGGGCCCAGCGCCAGUUUCGGGCUGGUGGCGGCGCGGCGGGAGCCGGCGGUGAAACUGCAGCACCCGGUCAGCGGCCUGGAGCCGCUCUCCUGGUCCGAGGACCACCGGGUCUCCGUCUCCACCGCCCGCAGCAUCGCGGUGCUGGAGCUCAUUUGCGACGUGCACAGCCCGGGCCAGGACCUGGUCAUCCACCGCACCUCGGUGCCUGCUCCGGCCAACAGCUGCCUGCUCAAGGUUGGUUCAAAAAAGGAGGUUGCUGAAUGUAAGGAGAAAUUUGCCACCUCUAAAGACCCCACAGUCAGUCAAAGCUUCAUGCUAGAUAGGGUAUUCAAUCCUGAAGGAAAAUCUUUGCCACCAAUGAGAGGAUUCAAGUAUACCAGCUGGUCUCCAAUGGGCUGUGAUGCUAAUGGGAGAUGUCUGUUGUCAGCAUUAACCAUGGACAAUCGAUUGACCAUUCAGGCUAACCUCAACAGACUGCAGUGGGUACAGCUGGUUGAUCUAACUGAGAUCUAUGGAGAGCGCCUUUACGAAACCAGCUAUAAGCUAACCAAAAAUGAAGCCCCUGAAGGAGAUCUUGGGGACUUUGCUGAGUUUCAGAGGAGACACAGCAUGCAGACUCCAGUACGGAUGGAGUGGUCAGGCAUCUGCACCACCCAGCAGGUCAAAAACAAUAAUGAAUGCCAUGAUGUCGGCAGUGUGCUCCUGGCAGUCCUUUUCGAAAAUGGAAACAUUGCAGUGUGGCAGUUUGAGCUCCCAUUUAUUGGCAAGGAAUCUAUCUCUUCAUGUAACACCAUUGAAUCAGGGAUUACCUCUCCUAGUGUUUUGUUUUGGUGGGAGUAUGAACACAACAAUCGAAAAAUGAGCGGGCUCAUUGUGGGGAGUGCAUUUGGGCCUGUUAAAAUUCUUCCCGUUAACCUCAAAGCAGUUAAAGGCUACUUCACAUUAAGACAACCUGUUAUUCUUUGGAAAGAAAUGGACCAGUUGCCAGUACACAGCAUUAAAUGUAUUCCUCUUUAUCAUCCAUACCAAAAAUGUAGUUGUAGUUUAGUGGUGGCUGCUAGGGGAUCCUAUGUGUUUUGGUGUCUUCUUCUGAUAUCCAAAGCAGGUUUGAAUGUCCAUAAUUCCCAUGUCACAGGACUUCACACACUACCCAUUGUUUCCAUGACUGCAGACAAACAAAAUGGCACAGUAUAUACUUGUUCAAGUGAUGGAAAGGUGAGGCAACUGAUUCCCAUUUUUACAGAUGUUGCAUUAAAGUUUGAGCACCAACUGAUAAAACUAUCAGAAGUAUUUGGCUCAGUGAGGACUCAUGGGAUAGCAGUAAGCCCUUGUGGUGCAUACCUGGCAGUCAUUACAACUGAAGGCAUGAUCAAUGGUCUCCACCCUGUGAACAAAAACUACCAGGUUCAGUUUGUCACUCUCAAAACAUUUGAAGAGGCAGCAGCUCAACUCCUAGAGUCUUCAGUUCAAAAUCUCUUUAAGCAGGUAGACUUAUUAGACCUGGUACGCUGGAAAAUUUUGAAAGAUAAACAUAUUCCUCAGUUUUUACAAGAAGCUUUGGAUAGAAAGAUGGAAGGUUCUGGGUCUACUUACUUUUGGCGUUUUAAACUUUUCCUCUUGCGGAUUUUAUAUCAGUCAAUGCAGAAAACCCCUUCAGAGGUCUUAUGGAAGCCUACCCAUGAAGACAACAAAAUCUUAAUAACUGACUCUCUUGUGCUGGGCCAUACUGAUGAGGAGCAACAAGAAGAAGGAACAUCUUUUAAACAAAUGAGCAAAGCAGGUGGUCAUGAGAAGAACAAAGAAAGAGAUGUUGAAGAUCUAGCUGACAGCUCAUCCAUCCAAUCUGGAGAUGCAAGUCGUGAGCCAAUGGAAGAGAAACUCCUAGAAAUCCAAGGAAGAAUUGAAGCUGUUGAAAUGCACUUAAGUAGGGAACAUAUGAAGAGGGUAUUGGGGGAAGUAUACCUGCACACAUGGAUCACGGAGAACACUGGCAUUCCCACCAAAGGACUCUGUGACUAUUUAAUGUCUGAUGAAGGUUAUGAUGACAGAACAGCUCGGGUACUCAUUGGGCACAUCUCAAAGAAGAUGAACAAACAAACUUUCCCUGAACACUGCAGUUUAUGUAAAGAAAUUUUGCCAUUCACAGAUCGUAAGCAGGCAGUUUGUUCUAAUGGGCACAUUUGGCUCCGGUGCUUUUUAACUUACCAGUCUUGCCAGAGUUUGAUAUACAGAAGGUGUUUGCUUCAUGACAGCAUUGCACGACAUCCAACUUCACGAGAUCCUGACUGGAUAAAGAAGUUGUUGCAAGGCCCUUGCCCAUUCUGUGACUCCCCUGUUUUCUAAAUGACAGUCAUGGGAAGAUGAAGAAGGCAAUUGUUUUUGCUUAUAGAAAACUUCCUUUGCCUGGAAGAAAAAAAAAAACACAGGAGUAAACUUUGCCUAUAUAAGAGAAGAAAUACUGUCCUUAUUCCUAUAAAUAGGACAUUGGAAACUCAUAUCCUAGAGGCUCAGUUCCUUCUUGUCUUGAGAGGAAGAAGUACAUUUUUUUUUACAUUUCUGGAUAAUGAGGAUUUGCUGAAGUAUUUUUGAGGUGACUGCAAGUCCCUCCCUAAUGAGCACCCUUAUUUGGCAUGCAUCUUUUAAAGGAUAUCAACCUGGAAAAUAACUGUCUCCCUAACAUUUCUGGAAGCCAGGUGGCUUUUUCUGACCAGCUUGGGAAAGCACCUCUUUUAGGCCAAGUCAGACUGGUCUCUUUCUUCUUUGGCUGGAGUAGUCGUCUGGACCUGGAGAGAGCUUUUGUCUGCUUAUGUUGCUUUCCUAGCACCUAGAAUACCGUUAAAUGUUGAAGUAUCCUAAACUCUGUACAGUUUUACUUUUUCUUAACAAGCGGCCUACAUGCCUGCUGUAGCCCUUCAGAGGAAACAGAAACCAGUCUUUUAGUUCUUGUUUUCUCUCAAAAAUGAACAAAACACCAUCCUUUGUCUUUCUGUGAUAAUACUAUAUUGAGACCAAAAAACUAAAAAAUUGGUUUUGCUGUGCCAAAUGAGGAUCAAUUGAAUGGGGCUGUUAUUGGUUAAUACUUAUAUAUAUAUAAGAUUUUUCCAUUAGCUAUUCCUUCCAUAUAAUCUGAUCACAAUAACCAAUUCUUAAAAAUAUAUCAGGAUUCCAAGUGUUCAGGAUUUUCUCUUUCAUCCCUCUUUGAUUUUGAAGUAAAUCUAUUUAAUUGCUUAUAUAUUAGGCUCUUUGUUUUCUUUUGAAAGAAAGGAAAGAAAACCACUAUUGUAUUUACAUUAUUUUUAGUAUUUUUAAUUGUGUGCAUUUUUUUUUUUUUUAGCAAACUUUUAGAAUCCAAGGGAGGGGUGUAAUAAAGACGAUCAUAGAGAAUUCCUCAAAAAGACAAGGCAGCUAAGAAAUAGAAACCCCUGUCUGGAUCACACUGAUGCCAAGUGUAUAUUCAGUCUAAUUGAACAGAGCCAGGUAACUUGUAUCAGAUGCAAAAUUCCUAUAUCCUUCUAACAUAAACCAGGGUAGCAAAAUAAUAUUUGCCCUUUUUAAAACUAGAAAUAGGCAUUCUGGAAUUGUAAUAGGCUUGGAUAUGUGAAUUGAAUCAUUGGCUCUGGACUUAGUCCAUAAUUCAGUUAUCUUGUAGUGGCUCUUAUUUGUAUGCAGAGAUGGGGGAACAGUAAACAUUUCUUCAGUCAUAUGCUAUUGGCCAUAUUGUACCUGUUUCCAUCGUAAAUCCCAUUUUUUUUCCUUCUUCCAGUUUGAUCCAUGGUAGACUAUCUAAUUUUAGUAAUUAGAUUUACUUCGGCAAUAUUAUUUUUAGCCAUAAAGCACUAUAGACUAAUGUUCUGCAUCCAUCUUGGCUAAUUUGUGUCAAAGAACAGAGAACUUGAGGCAUCCAAGGCGCUAUCCAAAGGCAAAAAGAUCCCCAUGAUAUCCUUCUACCCAGCAAACUAGAUUUUAAUUCCUGGCCUUGAUCUCUUGCUCCCUGAACUCUUCUCCUUGUCUCUGUCAUUUUGGGAGCAGUCCUAAGAAUAUUGCUGUUAGUAUCCCAAACAAUGUGGUGAUUCAUAGGAAAAAAAACUGGAUAGCAGCAUGGUUCUUUACAAAAAAAAAAAAGUUAAAACUUGGAUAACUAUAAGCUACAGUAUUUUUUUUUUUCACUUGGCCACCAUUAGAAUCAUGUUAAUAAGGGAAUUAAGACAGACCAUAGCCAGAAAUCCUUCCAGUCUUGUUUGAAGCAAACUGUCCUUAACAGUCCUUAACUACAUUAAGUGCCAUUUAAAAUUUUGACAUUUAAUUUUUAUUUGUCUGUUAUUGUCAUUGUAUUUAAUGAAUUAUAGGGGGGAGUUGUUUGUUUUUGAGUACAAGAAAUCAUUUGAAAGAGGGUCUCAAGUUCUUUUGUGUGUCUUUUUAGGAAGCUAUUUUGGAAGCUUUCUUCCAGGUUGGACAUACCUCAAACAAACUAACAUAUGUGACUAGUUUAUAGCAUUCUCCAUUCACCUUCUGGGAGCCUUCUCUAAUGAAAAUCUUGCCUCAUUUGGGAAGCUUUUCUCAAGAGAAUGUUGAGAUGUGGAGAGUAAAGAGAAAAGUUUGAGUAGAUAGGCUACCUUUGCUUAGCAUCCUAACGAUUCCAUGUUCUCUUCCGAAAAUCAGCUUAUUCCCACAGUACUACUAAAGGACAAACUUUCAUUACUAUCACAUCUUUGUGGUUGUUUUCAAAUUCUUAAAUCAGUGAAACCUUUGAAAAUGAAUGUCUAGGAAACCCCAAUAUUGACCUGCGAUAUUGAUCACAUAUGUCAAAUUGUUUACAGAGAAUGUGAGAAGUUUACAAAAUCCUAAUUCAUAAAACAGCUGUUCUUUGUGCUUGUGUUAGAAUCUGGCUCAAAUAUGACUGUAUAAUAACUGUAUUUCAGCAUUGAAGGUACUGGAGGUGAUAACUGCUGCAUUGCAUUUAAAGUGCACUAGCAAAGAUGACACAAAACUAGACCUUUCAGUUGAAACACUGUUGCAUUUUGGGAGUCUGAUAUCCACUGCUUUCAACACUACAAUUAAUGACUGGAAGAGGACUAAGGAACCUCACAUUUCAAAUGGCUGAGCCAGACAUUUGUGAUUUACAACCACAAUGACAUUUGACCAAGAUGUGAAUUUGGCCAUAUUUAUUACUGGAAAGAGUCACUUGACACAUCAGUGUCCUGAAAGGAUUGGAGUCAGGAAGAUUGUGGAGGGAAUAACUACGUAAGGCUCUAUAUUUGUUGUUUUCCUUAAACAGCAGGCCCCAUUAAUUAGAGAAUCAGAACUUAAAUCCUUGUUUCUUACAACCCAAGCAAAGGAUAAUAGAACUUUAAUUUCUUAUGCCUAAAAUGUCCAGGCAUUUCUUUGCCUGGCUGAUUGUAGUAGGGCCAGUCAGUUUACUUAUUUUUCUGUCUUGGUUUUACUUCCAUUUCCUAUAUGAUUCUGGUAUUGGAGUCAAAGUUGCUGUGAAUAUUUGGUGCUGUACAUAAUAGCAUUUUUGUAAACGUGAUGCAAUAUCUCAUGUUGUGUUUUGUAUACGGAGCCAGUAGUAUUAUUAUCCUGCCCUCUUUUUUUAUUCAAAUAAAUAACCAACCAAAUUCUU